AGUUUGGACCUCGUCGGCCACCGCUCGCGCCAAUAUGGCUGCCCCCAGGGAGAGGCGAGGCGAACGUGAAGGUGGAGAAAACAGACCCUGAAUUUCUCACCUAUGGAUCGCAGCGCAGAAUUCCGGAGGUGGAAGGCGCAGUGUCUGAGCAAAGCGGACCUCAGCCGGAAGGGCAGUGUGGACGAGGAUGUGGUAGAGCUUGUGCAGCUCCUGAACGCGCAAGAACAGUUUUUCACCACCAGCUCCUGCGCUGGCCGCAUCCUCAUCCUAGACGGGGGUAUAAAUGGUUUCGAGAUUCAGAAGAAAAACUGUUGCUGGCUACUGGUUACCCACAAACCUUGUGUGAAAGAUGAUGUGAUUGUGGCUCUGAAGAAAGCGAAUGGGGAUGCGGUUUUGAAAUUUGAGCCAUUUGUUCUUCACGUGCAGUGUCGCCAAUUGCAGGAUGCCCAAAUUCUGCAUUCAGUGGCAGUCGACUCUGGUUUCAGGAACUCCGGCAUCACGGUGGGAAAGAGAGGAAAGACCGUGUUGGCUGUCCGGAGUACACACGGCUUAGAAGUUCCAUUAAGCCACAAAGGACAGCUGAUGGUGACAGAGGAAUAUAUCGACUUCCUACUAAAUGUGGCAAAUCAAAAAAUGGAGGAAAACAAGAAAAGAAUUGGAAGAUUUUACAACUGCCUACAGCGUGCUUUGGAAAGGGCAGCUCUGAGUAACUCACACCCCCAGAUCAAGGAGAAAAGUCACCCGUCAUAUACUCAUAAGAAAAAAAGAAACCCGGAAAAAGCAGAUGGCAAAGGUACUGGGGAAGAAAAUGCUGAAGAACUUGAAAAUGGUGGCGACCAUCCAGGAAUCGACGACGUGAGCACCUUCCCUGAAGACGCGAACAUUUGGCUCUGAAGGGUCUUGAUAGGUUUUAUAACCCUGCUCUUCAUAAGAGUAUUUUAGUUUGUUACGUGUAUUAGCUAUUCAGAUAAGCAAAAUUUCUGUACAUGUUAGAGAAAUCUAUCUUAUA